AUGGAAAACAUACCAUUCUACAUUCAAUACCUUGACAAUCAGCCAGUUGGUUUGAGAACUCAUAUUCUCAACACCAAUACUUUUGUCUGGGUUCAAACCCUGUUUACUGUUGCUAACUUGGUUGCUGCUUUCCAAGCACUUCCCAACUCUCCUCUUGCUUCUGCUUUUGUUGGUGAUAUCACUCCAUUAUGUGAUGGAUGGAGUGGAGACUAG